AUGGCCGAAACCAGCGCAAAAAAAAAACAGGCCAACAAAGACCGCAACGCAGCAACAGCACCUCCAAAACCCGCUGCGAUCCACGAACUCUUCGCCAAUAGCGAAGAUCUUCAGAGCUGCAGCUGGCCACAGCUCAUGGAAAUGUUUUCAGGCGCGCUCAGAGAGCACGAGCAACUCGAUCAUGAUCUGCAAGGGCAGGCUGCCGACUUGCUCAAGGUUUUUGUUACGUGGUCCGAGGUGACUAUUUCUCGGGAUGAGGAUCGUUCGUUCAAGAGAUUCCAGACUCGCAUGCAAUAUGUACAAAACACCGAACAGGAACUAGCAGAGAAGAAAAAGCAUUAUGCAAAUGUCGUCAAGGCCUUUGAGAGCGCAUUAGCUCUCUUGAACAAGUGA